AUGAUCGCAGGAUAUUUGUAAAGCAAGUUAAUUGCAAAAUCUAGCAUAUAGGAAGUGCACGGAACAGACAUGUUAGCAACUUAAGAUCGAAGAACUUCAAAAAUCUAUAUGGGUGGAUAAUCUCAGUAGCAAUUAAACCCAUUGGAUUUGGUUUAAAUCAGCAGUGCCUUACCUCAAUUUUCCUUUUAACAAAACAAUGAUCAAAGACUAUAGACUCUUUUAAAUACAAAUUAUUAAUAACAAAUUUCAUAAUUGGCCAGUCCACCAAAUAUUGAUUUAAUUAACUAGAUCAAGGAAUAAGCAAGAGUUGUGAGAUUGCAUUAUUAAGCUUGA